CUUAGUACGGACUUAGACUGCUCUAAGUGGCGGUCGUGUACGCCGGUGUCCGAUCACGACAACGACGACGACAACGACGACGUCGUCGUUUCAGAACGCGUGACAGAGAGACUACCAGACUUUAACGAGAAUUUCCAGCUGCCUCUGCUGGACUGUGGAACACUCUCGUUCUCUCACGUCGCCUACGCCUUCUUGCGUAAACCGGAUGCUCGUCAUUGCCGCGCUUAUACGAAUUCGGUAGUCGUGGCGAAUUUCUUCGAACGCAAUGUGAAUAUUCGAACAAGAUCUAACUGUGUCAAGUGACAACGAUCGUGACAGUGACACUGAAGUGUGCGUAAUUACAUGCCACGCUAUUAUCGUGCGAAUAAAAAGACAAUGAAUUCAAUCAUCGUCGAGGCUGAAACUUAUGUGUUUAUUUUGUUCCUGUGACAUAAAAAAAAGGCACAUGUAUACAAGAGCGUGGCUGUUUCCCGCGAAAACAUCGUAAGGUCGACAACAAUCUUCUCUCGAUUGUCGCAUGAUAUUUCAAAACAAGCAAACUCGCGUGUGCGCCCUCGUGCUUGUCGGCGAUACUGUGAAUCCCGCGAGAGGGAGAUACAGAAGAGAGAGGGAGUACGAAAGAUCCCGCAUUCAAGUAGAAAAAGCAAAAGAGAGGGAUAGAGAAAGAGACAGAACGAAGAGACGAAUCGGUGAAGAAGGAGCAGUCACGUAUUUACUUUUCUACGGUGGUACGAAGCUAACCUAAAAACCGAUACUCGGUCCGUUUUGUGCGUAUACCAUCGAUGGGCACAAUACAGCCGCGCAUGCGCAGAAGAAAUUGUGUAUACCUCGUGCGCGAAUUUCGAUUACUGUGCUCAUCGCAUGUAUACACUAUCGACAAAUUGCGCGGUAAACAAGAUUUACCAAUUGAACGUGUGCUGUGACAAGUGUUUCUAGAAAGAUUCGUGUAAAAAUUACGUGUAACCACGAUAACAAGUGUACAGAGUGAUAUCGAUAUUUUUUUUUUUUCGUUUCUUUCGUGUUCGUGCCUUAUUCGUGCUUUUUGAAAUCCGUGUCGCGUCCGGUAACGUUACGAGUAAAACGAGAGGGGAAACAAAAAAUCGAGAGAAGUCAAAAAGAAACGUCACGUUGGAGGGGAGUAAUAUAAAAAUAAUCAUACUGCGAAUUGUGCCAGGGCGAAUGUAUGACGGAUCAUGGUUUCUGCGUCCGGCCCCACAGGGAUCCUAGCGGGACGCCCUUCCGGUUCUCAGUGCUUUCAAGGUUCGCAAUCAUCACAGAAUGGAAGUGUUACGAAAAAUCAUAACGAGAAGAAUAUUAAAAACGUCGAUAACGCGAAGCAACGACACGAAUCGGACCUUUAUAUUAGGCCAAGUUGGACUGAUGCAGCGAUAGCGUUGGAUCAACUCGAAAAGGGCAAAGCGGAAGGUCAAAGGUCUGCGGUGUGGAUCAGGGCAAGGCUGCAGGAUCAGCUGAGUCAGCUGGGCUACUUCCUGCAGAGGCACGCAGGCAAGGUUCUCUUUCUUGCGAUCGUCGCAUUGGCUACAUUCUGUGUCGCUCUCAAAUCCGCUCAAAUUCACAGCAAGGUCGAACAACUCUGGGUGCAAGAAGGCGGAAGGUUGCAAAAAGAGUUGAGCUACGCUUCGGAAGCAUUGGGUGAAGCAGCUGCCUCGACGCAUCAACUCGUGAUUCAGACACCGAAGGAUCCUGGAGCGAAUAUUUUGCACCCUGCCGCACUCAAGGAACAUUUAGCGAUCCUGAAGGCGGCGACGCAGGUCACCGUACGCUUAUUCGAUACCACGUGGAAGCUGAAAGACAUGUGUUACGCGCUCAACAUACCCAACUUCGACAUGCACUACAUCGACCAGAUCUUCGAUAGUAUUAUGCCAUGCGCGAUCAUUACACCCCUCGAUUGUUUCUGGGAAGGUAGUAAGCUGUUGGGACCAGAAUACCCCGUGCACAUACCCCGGACGCAGACGCACAAGCCUGUCCAAUGGACGAAUCUCAAUCCAUCGGGGAUGCUCGACGAGAUGAAGAAACUUCAGUUCAUGUUUCCCUUCAAAACUUUGGAGGACUACAUGAAGAGGGCCGGGAUAACGAACGGCUACCAAAGCAAGCCGUGCCUCGACCCAACGGACCCGGAGUGUCCGGAAACCGCGCCCAACAAAAAAUCCCAGCAGGUACCGGAUAUAGGAGCUGAAUUAACGGGUGGGUGUUACGGUUUCGCGGCGAAAUAUAUGCACUGGCCCGAGGAGUUGCUCGUCGGUGGUGCUAAGCACAAUAAGACUGGUCACUUGACCCGUGCAGCUGCGCUUCAAACCGUUGUGCAGCUGAUGGGAGAGCGAGAGCUUUACGAUUUCUUCCACCGCACGUACAAGGUACAUCAUAUCGAUUGGUCCCAGGAGAAGGCUGCCCAAGUGCUCAAGACCUGGCAACGGGCUUUCAGUAAUCAAGUGAAGAAGCAUCUGGACGCGAAUGACUCGACGCCGUACAGUUUAUACGCGUUCAGCACGACCACCAUGAACGAUAUUCUUGGAAAGUAUAGCGAGGUGUGCGUCACGAAAAUCGCUAUUGGAUGCGCACUGAUGAUAUUGUACGCAGGUAUAGUCCUUCUUCGAUGGAAGGAUCCAGUGCGUUCCCAAGCUGGCGUCGGUAUAGCCGGUGUGAUGCUAAUCUGCGCGACCGUGGCGGCAGGUUUGGGGUUCUGCGCCCUUCUAGGGAUCCCCUUCAACGCGGCAACCACUCAGAUCGUGCCCUUCCUAGCUCUGGGACUCGGUGUUCACGACAUGUUCCUAUUGACGCACACGUACGCCGAGCUUUCAGUGAACGAAGUACCUAGCGGAGAGCAGACAGGGGUAGUCUUGAAACGAACCGGCCUAUCCGUACUUCUCGCAGGAAUCAGCAACGUGUCAGCGUUCUUUGCCGCUGCGAUAAUCCCGAUUCCCGCGCUCAGAGUGUUCUGUUUGCAAGCUGGUAUAUUGUUACUCUUCAACCUGGCCGCCAUGCUGCUCGUUUUCCCGGCUAUGGUCAGCCUGGACUUGAGAAGACGCCGUUCCGGUCGUUCAGACAUACUUUGCUGCUGUUUGCCCUCGAACACAGGCAGGAACAAGUACGCCCAUCGUGCCUGCAACGGCACGGCGAAACAAACGGUGACAAGGGCGAUUCCACCCGAGCGUCGCGAGACUUGCACGCAAAUUUUAACGUCGCAAAACGUGCAGAACGAAUCCUGGGUUGGGGGAAACAUCGAGGUGGAUUUGGACAAACAGUGCAGCGAGGAGGACACUCUGACUGGGUGCAGCCAGGACGAUUGCCUCAGCUUCUCUUUGACGCAACUGGCUGCAAGGCACUACGCCCCAUUCGUUACCAGACCGGCGACCAAAGUGUUUGGAAUGAUGAUUUUAGUCGCAGUGCUGGUUGGCAGCGUUUGGCAAGCUAUAAGGGUGAACGAUGGCCUAGAGUUAACCGAUCUGGUUCCACGGAACUCCAAUGAACACGCUUUCCUAGCUGCCCAAGCGAAGUAUUUUGGAUUCUACAACAUGUAUGCUGUUACUCAGAGGGAAUUUGAGUAUCCUAAUAAUCAAAGGUUGCUGUACGAAUAUCAUGACGCCUUCAUGAGGAUAAAGAACGUGAUCAAGAACGACAACGGUGGCCUGCCCGAGUUCUGGUUGAGUUUAUUCAGAGACUGGUUGAAGGGAUUGCAAAGUGCGUUCGACAAGGAUUACAGCAAUGGUUGUAUUACGCAGGAAAGAUGGUACAAGAACGCGAGUGACGAUGCAAUUCUGGCGUAUAAAUUGUUGGUACAAACUGGUCAUGUAGACAAUCCUAUCGACAAGUCGUUAGUCACUCAAGUCAGGCUAGUCGAUUCUGAGGGAAUUAUCAAUCCACGUGCCUUUUAUAAUUAUCUAAGCGCAUGGGUAUCGAACGACGUUUUGGCUUAUGGUGCAUCCCAGGCGAAUUUAAGGCCGGAGCCCAGACAAUGGAUUUAUACCAACGAUCACGAGUUGAAAAUUCCAAAGAGCAUGCCUUUGACUUAUGCACAAAUGCCGUUUUAUCUGCAUAAACUUACGGAUACACAGGAAAUCACUGAAUUGAUCAGUAGUGUAAGAAAAUUGUGCAAAAAAUUCGAGGAACGAGGCCUACCGAAUUUCCCUUCCGGUAUACCAUUCCUUUUUUGGGAACAAUACAUGGAUUUAAGAAAUUGUUUGGGCAUUGCACUAUUGGCUGCUUUAACCGCCAGCGUUGUUGUUGUUGGAAUAUUGUUGCUGAAUUUUUGGGCAGCUUUAUUAGUUGGUUCUUCUCUUGCUGCUGUGGUUCUACAACUCCUUGGAAUUAUGGGUCUUUGCGACAUAAAAUUGAGCGCUGUUCCUGCUGUCCUGUUGGUUGUUAGCGUUGGAAUUGCCGUACACUUUACAGUACAUAUUUGUCUGAGUUUUGUCACGAGCAUUGGAAGCAGGGACAGAAGAGUCCGUUUAGCUCUGGAACACAUGUCCGCACCUGUAAUUCACGGGGCAUUGACAAUUUUAUUGGCAGUCGUGAUGUUGGCCUUUUCCGAGUUCGAUUUCAUCAUCGUUCGAUAUUUUUUCUUAGUGUUGUUAUGCCUCAUUGGGAUCGGUUUAGUGAAUGGAUUAUUCUUUUUCCCUAUCUUGUUGUCUUUCAUUGGACCAUCUCCAGAAGUGAUACCCAAUGAUCAUCCGGAUCGUAUUUCCACGCCGACUCCACCUGCCUCGCCAAUCGUCAGAAGAUCAAAGCCGCCUGCGCCUCCCAGAAGAUCGUACAAAAUUGAUAACGCCAGGUUACACGCUGAACCUUCUCUCACAACUAUCACCGAGGAACCAAAUUCAUGGCACAGUACGCAAGAAUCUUGUAUUAUUGUUCAGCCAGAAUUGAAAGUUGAAACGACGUCAACUUGUGGUAAUCAGAACUGUAGCGGAUCAGAUACAAGUGGAUCUAGUCGAAUGUCACCAGUGACAUCAACAUCUCACAUCACAACUAAGGUCACUGCGACGGCUAAUAUAAAAGUUGAAGUUCAUACGCCGCUAACUAGUACAGUGGAUCGUAGCGAAAAAUGCAGGCACACGACUUCCAGUAGCCGAAGGAGCUCGCGCUGCAGUGCGAACGUUAAUGGUGGGGAGUCUUCCGGUUCCGGUUCUGAACCGGAUUCAGACUCUAAUCCAAAUAAACACUAAUAAUAAGUACCGGGACGACCGGCAGCUACUGCUCAAAUACCAUGCAAAGCGGGAACAUACAGAAGGCUGACUAGGAUAGAUUUAUAGUUCUUUUUCUUCUAUCUCUUUUAGUAGAACGUAUAAUGAUGUGCGGGUACCCAAAAUUUAAAUAAUAAUGGCUCUAUUCGAGAUAGGUUCGCGUAAAGUUUCUACUUAAACAUGACAUGUAACUAAAUAAACAUGACAUCACAAUUUUCUCAAUCAUUCGUAAAUUAAAUACAUGAAAAAAUUUCUUCAUUGUUUUAAUUUUAAGAAAAUACUGCGGGCAAAUUUCGAACAACGUGAAAAGCCAAUAAUUAAAGUUUACCAGGUACUCUCACAUCGUUAAUAACACAACGUGCUUAUCUUCUUCGAAAAAAAUAAAAGUAUUAUAACUCAGAAGUACUGAAUCGAUACGCACAGUGAUACGUAUAUAUAAAUGUUCUCAAAGAUGCAUUUAUAUUUGUAUCAUACAUUCAAUGCGGGUCAUAUGUACGAAUGUUUGUCACUUUAUUUUAACGUAUUGAAUGUUUGAUAAUUUAUUGAAAUAAAUAAAACAAUAUUUUUAAUAAAUCGACCACGUCAAAGAAAAUGCUUUACUACGCUCUGUGGUAUACGACAGUUUCCGUGAAACUAUAAGGAUAUUAUUUUACUAGAAAAAUUUUAAUGUCUGUUCCAUAAUUAUUAAUAACGAUGAUUAAAAAAAAAAGCAAGAUUUUGAAUAUCUAUAAAACUUUUUCUAAUAAUUUUUUCUAAACAUUAUAACAAAUAUAAUAUUUUUGGAAAUGUUUAUUCACCAGAAAUACAUAUCAGAAUGUUUUCUUUUUUAGAAGAUACGAUUAGUAUUAUACGCAUAAUAUGUAAUUUGAGAUUUUUACGGACAAUAAAACAUAACUUUCUUUGAAAUAAAUAAAUUAAACAAUUAUCAAAUCUUGUACCUUUUUGGGUAUGUAGAUGUCCGAAAAUUUGCAGAUUACGUUUAUGUAAUAAUGUUAAGUAUAACUUCUAAUUUAGAAGUAAUUACGACGAGAUGUAGCUCUUUUGCGACGUUUUUUGCAACGACUACAAUGUGGUGCCUUGAAAAAGAUUAUAAAAUUUCGAAUAACUAUUUAUUUUGUACGCUAACAUUUAUAUAGUGCAGUGUGUAUAUGACUUCGAGCGAUAUUAAAUCUAAAAUCUAUUUAUUAUUUAUUUUUACGUCCUCACUUUGAUAUCACGAUUAUUUAAAGCGAUUCGUUUUGUACAAUGUCUAUUUCGUAUGAUAAUUUGUAAAAAUACUUCAUUAUUUAUGUCGCCCUAUAUAUUUUUAUAUAAAAUCGUUACUUAAUUUAAUAAAAUAAGUCAAUUAUCCGAUUCGUACCUCUAAUGUAAAAAAGUGUAAUAUAUUAUUCCACAGCUUAUGUUUAUGUUUCGUUAGGUGUUACAGAAUUAUGUACAAUAAAAGAAGUAUUUUUAUGUGAAGUCAUCUUGUAAACAUACAGAAUACAAAUAAGGUAUUUAAUGAAAAA